GCGUGCUCUCAUGUCAGUACGUCUUUUGGCGCGGACGACACAUUGCUCGAAGAAGUAGCAAUAAUGGCUGAGUCCGAUAGACAGAUUUCACGGAAACGAGCAAAAUCGCAAGGUGAGAUGGAGAAACUUCAGGAAGAAAUAAGUCAAUUAAACAAAAAAAUAAGGAAAUUACAAGAGGAGCGGCAGAAAGCAACGGAUGCCGAUGCUUCAGACUCGUCUAAUGAGUGAUGAUCCCCAAGAUGCCGAAGAGAACACGUGCAAUAAGGAAAAUAAAUCGGCUAAUGUUGAUAGCGACGAGUCGUCGGAUAUGGAUGAAUCUACUGCGUUUAUGGGUGAUCAAGGAAGCCGCCUGGAUUCAGGACAUUGCUGAUCGAGUAAACUGUUGGCUAAAAGAAGGAAUACCGAAAACGGAACGUAUGGAAAUAGUCAAAUUAGUACCUACAAAAUACAAAAAUAUUGAUAUCAAUGCAUCAAAGUGGAACGAUGAAAUAAAAUGCAAUUUGAAAGAAGAGGCUGUUAAGAGAGACAAAUAUUUCUAUAGUUAUCAAAACUUAAUUGGAUCAGGUUUGUCGUUAACGGGUGCAGCAUUGAGCAUGUUACUCAAUGAUAAGAAAGAGCCAGUGGAUAGAGAUGUAAUGCUCCAACUUUUAUCUGACGCCGUAAAAAUGAAUGCGGACUUAUUUCAUUCAUGGAUAAUUGUAAGGAAGGCUUAUAUAACACCUUCUUUUGAUAAGAAGAUUAAAUCGGUUCUAGAUAAAGCUGAGCCCACUGAAUUCCUAUUUGGCGAUAAUGUAAAAGAACUAAUCAAAAACGUGAAAGUAAUCGAAAGAAUAGGCAAGGACCUAAAAGCAACAACAAACAAGAGAACUUUCAGACCAAAUAAUUCGGUAAACUGGAGAGGUUCAUCGGGGAAAAGAGAGGGGAUCCGAUGAACCACUACUAAAUUACCAAACCAGAA